CAGGAGCCGCAUCCUCCCCCCGCGGCGGUGCCCAAAAACGACGUGGCCGCGGCGAGGGAACGCCUGGCAGAGAGAGAGGGAAUGCGAGCAACUAAAUGGCCCAUCUAGGAGGACUAGAUGGGCGGCGCUUCCGGCGCGGAGGUGGCAAGGACGGAGGAGGACGAGAAGGUGGAGAGAGCGGAGGAACCCGCAGAAGCCUCAGCUGUCCUCCACGCCGAUCUCGUAGUCGAGGUUGCCGUCGUGGUCGACGACGUCGUCGACGAUGCCGGCCACGAGCUCGUGCUGCUCCAGGAGCCGCUCGAGGCAGGGCUGCUCCACAAACUUCAGGCCCUUGGCGCGGCACUCCGCGCCUGCCGCGACCCACCUCAGCCGCCUCCAUCUCGUGCUCCGCGUCGCCUACCGACACAAUGUUGCGCCGCAAGGCCACGUCUUGCUCGCCGAGGGCGCCGUAGAACUCGUUCACCAGCUCCUCCGCUCGUUGAGGGCACUUCCACGUCGUGGGCGCAAACACGCCGGGCUUCUCGUGGCGCGAGCGCGCGGAGACGACCCUGACGCCCGCGAGGUGCGCCCGCAGGGAGGGCAGGAUCGCCUCGCAGCUCGCCUCCACCCAGCCCUGCUCGGCGUUGGUCACAUGGCCACGCCGCCACGCCUCUUCGCCCUCUCGAGCGUCACGGCGACCGCGUCCGCCAGGGCCUCCAGCCGCUCGUCCUGCUCCGGGGUGAUCACGGCGUCCUCGUCGAGGAGGCCCUGCGCCCUGAGCCACGAGGUGGGGAACAGCGUGUCGUCCCAGUCGAAGACGAUCAGGUUCUCGCACGGCGGCAGCCACGCGAGGCGGUCCUGGCCUCGGCCCUCGCAAGGCGGGGCGUCGCUCCCGGGCUCGGUGGACACCUCGGAGCUCGCGCCGUCCCUUGCUGCUGCCAUCGCAUCCCAGCUCGGCCUCGUCCGGCUGCACGCGGUGCUGGGAGCAAGGGUGGGGCAUGGCGCCACCCUGGGCAGGGCAAGGUCUCCUCGGCAGGCGGCAGCCUUCCCAGGCAAGGAGCCCAAAACAACU